GGCACAGCAGAGAUAGCAGUAUGUGCAGGCAACUGCCCACGAGAGACUGGCGUGACGACGAGAGCUACGAGUGAUCUUCAACCUGUAUGGCCAAGGUGAUGGAGUUUGGUUGUACCGACCCAUUGCAGUGGUGUUGCAGUGUGGAGUGACUCACUGGCUGGAGACCGCCUCGGAUGUUUCAACCUCUCUCUUAAAGGUCAUGCUGAGUGUGUGGACUUCAUCCGUCGCUACAACCUCCCUCUCCUGCUCCUCGGAGGAGGCGGCUACACCAUCAGGAACGUGCCCGCUGCUGGACCUACGAGACUGCCGUCGCUCUCAACUGUGACAUCGCCAAUGACUUCCCUACAACGACUAAUUCGAGUACUAUGGACCGGACUUCAACUCCACAUCAGUCCACCAACAUGACCAAUCAGAACACACCUGAAUACCUCAACAAGAUCAAGCUGACUGUUUUUGAGAACCUGAGACUUAUUCCUCAUGCUCCCAGUGUCCCCAUGCAAUGUUGUAUGUUACUGUUGUGUACAUGUAUGUGGUAAAACAGUUCACUAUUUCACUACUGUACAUGUUUGAGACUGUGUACUGUACUCAUACAGCCAUCCCAGAGGACAUGAUCCAGGACCCAGAACCAACUGAGGAUGAUCCUGACGAGAGGAUUCCACAGCAUAUCCAGGACAAGAUGAUAGCCAGAGAAGAGGAUCUCUCUGACAGCGAGGACGAGGGAGACGGCCGACGCAACGAGAGUGUAGGUCACCACGACAACAAACGAUUGCGUCUGGCCGACGAGGGGGGAGACAAUAAGGCCCCUGACAUGAGCAAAAUAACAACAGGUGGAGGGAGCAUCCAGAGUCCCGUACCCCCGGAGCCAUCUCCCAUCACCCCCAGUCCUCUGGUCACACCACACAGCCAGGAGAGCAAGGCUGAGACUGCCCAGGAGAAGACUGCCAAGUCAGCCAGCGGACCCAGAGGCUGCAGACUCCAGUGAGGCCAAACCUGAGAAAGAGUCCUGCCACGAUGGGAGAGAACGGUGGAAGAGCGAGACUGAGGGGAGAGCAUGACAGGGUGUG